AUGGGGUUUAGUAGCUUGUGGUUAUCUUGGAUAGAAGCGACCAUCUUUUCAAGUCAUAUGUCGGUGUUGGUUAACGAGAGUCCAACGAAGGAAUUUGCAGUAGGAAGGGGCGUAAGGCAGGGUGAUCCUCUAUCACCCCUUAGUUUUGUUAUCUUGGUUGAAGGGAUAUCGGGGUUGAUGAGGAAGGCAAAAGAGGUUAGAGAAUUUAGAGGCUUUAUGAUAAAUGGCAGGAGUAAAGUUGAAAUGCUUCAAUUUGUUGAUGAUACGUUGAUUAUUGGAGAAGGGAAUUGGUCAAACGUGUGGGCUAUUAAAGUAAUAUUGAGAGGAUUUGAGCUAGUUUCAGGGAUGGAAGUUAACUUCAACAAAAGUAGAGUGAUAAGAAUAAAUUUAAGCAACCAUUUUUUGAAUUCAACAGCAAAUAUUUUAUCUUGCAGGGUUGAAAAUAAGUAUUUUUCCUUUCUUGGUAUUCCAAUAGGAGCCAACUAG